AAGCAUUUACCCUGUUCUCCUCGUCACCGUUCUCCAUCGCUAGAAUCCAUGGCAUCCUUGUGCCGCGCCGCCGCCGCCGCCGCCAUCGUGAGGUCAGGGGCGCUCCGGUCGAGAUCCCCAGCGGAGAGGCUGUUCCAGGCGGCGAGGUCUCCUCUCGCGGCACCGCGCAUCCGCAGGCCCGUCGUGGCGGCGGCGCUGGCGAGCCUCGAGUCGCUCAUGCCGCUGCACAGCGCGGUGGCGGCCGCGCGGCUGCGGUCCUGCAUCGCCGCCGACUCGGCAUGCUGGAGCUGCCUCUCCCAAGGUUUGAUCAAGCGCAUCUGAUCAUGGCUAGGGACGCAACGUGAAAGAGAAUGGCUCACAUGCUACUAUGUCGUGAAAUAUUUUUCAAUAUCUCCCCCUUCUUCUGUAAGGAGUAGCCCAUGAGAGCGUGUCUUAGAUAAUUUUCUUAACGGAAAUUGUAGCAGAAAAAAGAACUGCAUACCUCCAUGGGAACUUUUGGCUUCUGUUUAAGUUUGGCUUUAUCAUUAUGCAGUAACAGAGCACUCUGAUCAUUUUGGUGAUUGUGGAAGGGUAAUUUUCUUUUUCUUUUUUUUUUGGAACUGGCAAGCGCAUUGAUGUCUGUGUAACAAUAUAUGUAGUUGGGAGAUUAUGCAAGGUACCAAACAUAAUUAUCGGAUCAUGAACUGAGACCCAUUUUGCAUUCGAAGAAUUGGAAUGCCAGAACCGAAACCAUGAAAUAUGCUGUGGGGUAGAGAUCAUUUUCUGUUUUCUUUGAGUUGUAGCUUGUUAUCUCUAGACUCAGCUUGUUUGGUGACCAUACCAAAGUGCUUAGGUGUAUUGACGUUUAUGUUGCUUUCUCAUCGCUACCAGAAUAUCAGAUACUAAAUUUUCUACUUCACACAUUGUUUGGCAUUUAAUUAUGAGCUCUUAUUUAACAGUAGAAGAUCUUUUUUUAGUCCUGUGAUUUCCUUUGAUGUUCUGAUUUUCACGGAAGUCCUACUUGUUUGCACCUUUUCUGAUGGACCUCUGUUGUUUUGUUUCGAAACGAUGCACUAGACUUUGCUCUCCCACGGUAAUGAAGGCUGAAGAAGGUGACCAUUCCAGACAGCAUUGACGACCUCUUAUCCAUCUAGUAUCUUUUUGCUGUACCAUUGCUGGACCAAAUGAGAGUCCAUUACUGGUGAGAAUCAUAGAAAAUGUAUCUGGAAGUACAUUGGUUUCACUUGUUGUUUCUGUUAUUGACGUGCUUUUGGUGA